AUUUCUUCGCAGGUACCGGAGAAGGUCUCACUAGAUCGCCUACAAACUGGUUCUGGAGCGGAAGUACCGAUCCCAGUGUUCUCCGAGGCCGGGGAGGAGACAUCCGCUCUGGCUGCGGCUCCCUUAGGCAACGUGACCAACAAGACACAUAAGAGCAACUCAAGCUCGCGCCCAACAUUGCCAACUAUUUCCGUGAGCAAGCCACCAGCACCAUUACCUCUAUCCCUUCCGACACCGGAACCUCUCGAAUCACCUACAUCUGAGAUGCGACCAUCUGCCGAUGAUGACAUAGAAGCGAACGGCGACAUGGUGAUGCGCGAGAUCGAUCUCGGACAUCGGCGGAUAUCUGCAGGAAAUGAUGAUGAACCGCCGGCGAAGGAUGAGGAUGACUCCCCAGUGCUUAUACACGCAGACGAUGCCCCCCUGCCUGACACCCCCAUACGCCUUGUCGGUGGCGGUGGUACGUCUGGAACCGUUGACGAGUCGUUGCAGAAUGAGGGGGUACUCGUAGAGGAGCCAGAGUCUGUCGAGCUGUCCCCUGUUCGCUCAAAUGACACCGCGGUAACAGCGGUCGCCCACGGGAAAAAGAAGAGCAUAUCUUCAAGUCUGAAGAACUUUGGGCAACUUGGUGGUGGCAAGCGGAGCUCUGUCUCGUCGCUGGGAAGGUGGAUUAUGUCACAAUCAGUGGAAACUCUCCUCGAGGAACGCUUGCUGCAGUUGCAACAAAUAUCGGAACGGAGGACCUCACUCCUCCAGGAAAUGUACCAUCUGAUCCACAAACGCGAGAAUUUUGGAUCUUCUUUGAGCUUUGAGCUGAAGGACGGCGAGCAAAUGCAAUCGUUCCUCGACAGGUUUGACCUAGAGAAACAUCCGGAAACUGGGCAUAUUUCCAAUAUGCCUGUAUCAGAACUCCUAGGCGAUGAACUUGACACAGAAAUGUCAGAGUCGGUAGACACCAGUCCGCCGAGUGUCAAGAUUGAGUCCCCCAUCACAGAACCUCCUACCCCUCCUGAGAGGUUAUCGCAAGAUAUUCUCCCGCUUCCCGAAGAAAUGGAUACAGGAGAGAUGGAGAAGUGGAUGCGCAUCGAUUUCCGCGAAGAACGAAGAUGGAAAGUAGCCUUGGCAUUUGGUCUUGCACAAUCCGUAAUGGCGUGGCACGAAGCCGGUACACUUGAGGAAAGGGUGCGCCGCGGAAUUUGUGUGCUAUGGAAGCGACCCCAACCAGAGCAGGACGACACGGCAGCAGAUCGUGCAGAUCAGGAUGCAGUGGAAAUUCCGGACAUGGAUGAUGAGACUGGUCCUGACUCAAGGGACACCAACACGCCUGCGAACGAUUAUGGGUCGGAUGAUGACAGCGACGACGAGCAAGAGAAGGAGCAAGAACAAGACCGCAGAGACGUCUUCGACGCACUAGCGCCUGGUACAUUGCUCGCAGAAGCGCUGGCGGACAAGGAGGCGAAAGUCGACGGAUCUGGCUCCGAUCACGUCCAGUUCAAGACAGAGGACGUGGAGGAUACGUCGGGCUUACGCAACACGCUUGACGAGCGCGCUGAUGCCAUGGAUGUUGAUUCAAAGCCCGCCAUUGAGGACAACGUCGAACGCGAUUCAGGAACAAAAGCUCUGGAGAAUGAAGAUCCCACGGCUACUGCCCUUAAAGACAGCUCCUCUGACCCUGUUCUUACGCACCAUAGCACUGACACGCAAGCGUCGCAUUCUAGUGGCAAAGCUCGAUCGAAAGCUAAAUCUACUGCGUAUGCUCCUCUGCGUGAGGAGAUCAUCUAUUCUGCCGUCGACAAGCUGUUCAUCGACUGCGACGAGCUCGAUCUUGCGAAGGGGAUGUCUGAGCUCUCCACUGACGACUAUCUGCAGUCUCUUCCACCGCCCCCUGAUCUUACUUCCAUUUUCCCCGAUUUGACACCCUUCGGUCUUCCCGAACCGGUAACAAGUGGGCCUUCGCCCUCAGGAGGUAACGAAGGUCGCAGGAAGUCAGACAAGAGAACAGACAAGGACGACCCUAACAGACGAGUAGAGGAGACGGCGUACAACAAGCUCUACCCCAUGAGUGACUUCAUGCACACGAAGCCCACUCUCUUGGGAGCUCUACACCCGUCAAAGCAUUGGCAUGACGGCGAGUGGGAUAACGUUGAGGAUGCCGUUAUCGCAACAGAGUUCGAUUCGCCUUCCCCUAGAGUCAUCGAGGAAAGCUCUUGUAGAAGGACCCGCGGAGCAGCAAACGCGCGCCUGAACCUGUAUGGAACCCGACUGAUGAUGCAAUCUUGA